AUGGCAUACUCAAAAAUAUUUUCAGGAGAUUUACCUGAAAUAACAAAUGAAAUUAUACAAUAUUUUAAAAAAGAUUUAACAACUUUGUAUUCAUGUAUUUUUGUUAAUAGAUUAUGGUGUCGUUUAGCGAUUCCAUUAUUAUGGGAAAAUCCAUUUUCGAUUCCUACCAAAAAUUAUCGAUGUAUUGAAAUUUAUUUAUCAUAUUUAAAUGAUGAUAAUAAAACAAAAUUUAAUGAAUAUGAAAUUAUUAAUAAUUUAUUACCUUCUAAUACAUUAUUAUUCAAUUAUCCUAGUUUUAUUAAAUGUUUAAAUUUAGGUACCAUUUAUAUUUCUACUAAAGAGUGGGUUUGUACCUUAUUGGAUGAUGAUCGUGAAAAAUUAGAAGAAUUAGUUUAUAGAUCAUUAUUUGAAAUAUUCAUUAAAAAUGAAGGAAUUUUAUAUUCUUUUGAAAUUGUAAUGUUUGCUGGUAUUGAAUAUUUUGAUACCAUGGAAUUAAUUUUACAAAAUCCAAAUCUUACAUAUAAUAUUAAAAAUUUAACAUUUAAUAUUUAUAAUAUAUCAUUUCAUGAUAUUAUGAAUAUUAUUCCUUUUUUAAAAUUUUUAUAUUCUAAUUGUAAUUCAAUUUCAUCAAUUAUUUUAAAUUUUCCUAUAUAUAAUAUUAAUAAUCGUUCAUUAAUUGAAAAAUAUUUAUCACAAAUAAUUAUUUCACAAAAUAAUCUUAAAAAAAUCUCAUUUGAAUCUAAUACUAUUUUAUAUAAUCCUUUUUUAUCAUUAAAAAAUUCUAAUUGUUCAAAUACCUUAAAUACAAUUGUAUUUUAUUAUAUUGAUUUUAAUGAUAUAAUUUGUAUCUUUAAUGAAGUAUUUAAUCAUUUGAAUGUUUUAGAAUCUAUUCAUAUUCUUUAUUGUCAUUCUAUAAAUUCUAAUUUUAUUCAACAAAUUAAUAAGAUUAUUAAACCUUUUAAAUUGAAGAGUUUAUUUAUGAAAGAAAUCUCACAUUUUGAUUCAUUACAAUUUUUAUUAAAAAAAUUUGGAAAUUAUUUAGAAAAUUUUGAAUUUGGUUCUAUGCGAGAAGAAUAUGAAGAAUCAAGAAAAAAAUUACUUGGAUUAAUUAUAAAUUAUUGUACAAAUAUUAAACGUUUUACUUCUGAUAAACCUGAUGAUAAUAAUAUUUAUUUAUUAAUUGAAAAUAUUGGUCAAACUAUUAAUUAUAUUAAUAUUGAUUUGAAUCUUAAUUAUUCUGAUGAUUUAAGUUUAAUCAUAUUACAAAAUUUAGGUCAAGUUUUACCUUCUAAAUUAGAUUAUUUAUCUUUAUCAUUUUCUUUUAAUACAAAAGAUUUUGAAAUAUUCUUAAAAAAUUCUCAAAAUACUUUUAUUAAAAAAUUAUUAAUUAGAAAUAUAAUGAAAAAUGAUGAUAAAAGUAUUUUAUCUUAUAUAAAGAAAUAUAUUAUGAUGAAGGAAAAGGUUAAAUAUUUAGCUUAUUUAGAAUUGGUUCCUUUUAGUGAUACGAAUAAAGAUUUGUUUUAUUUAAAAGAUGAAGUUAAUGAAUUUAAAUUACAUAAUAUUGUAGUACGAAAAUAUUUUGAUUUAUGUAUUAUUAUAAAAGAUAUUAUUUAUAAUAAGUAA